ACUCGUCGCUCGCGCGCCGCCGUCUCGCGCUGCUCGAUUCAGCUAUCCAUUGCCGGCUCAGAUUCCGAUCUCGCGGGUGGAGAGGAGGCGGCGGCGGAGGAGGAGGAGAGAAGGAGCGCGCCGGCGCGAUGGCUCCCGAUCCGGAGGCGGCGGGCGGCGGGCAGGCGGAGCCGCCCGACGAGGAGGACGACCCCGACGUCGACGAGGUCGACCCCACCGGCCGCUACCUCCGGUACAAGGAGAUCGUGGGAUCAGGGGCCUUCAAGACAGUCUACAAAGGCUUCGACGCAGUUGAUGGCAUCGAGGUGGCGUGGGCCAAAGUGGAGAUAACCGGCCGGAUCAUGGGAUCCCCGAAGGAGCUGCAGCGCCUCAAGACGGAGAUCCAGCUGCUGCGGUCGCUCCAGCACAAGCACAUCCUCAAGCUCUACGCCUCGUGGGUCGACAGCAAGAAGAGGACAGUCAACAUCAUCACUGAGCUCUUCACCUCCGGCAACUUGAGACAGUACCGUACAAAGCACAAGAAAGUUGAUAUGAAAGCAAUGAGGCGAUGGGCGAAACAAAUACUGACAGGCCUAGCCUAUCUGCAUGAUCAGAAGCCACCAAUCAUACACAGGGACUUGAAGUGCGACAACAUUUUCAUCAAUGGGAACCAUGGAAAAGUGAAGAUUGGGGAUUUCGGUUUGGCAAUGGUCAUGCAACAGAGGAAGACACAGAGUAUACAAGGCACCUUAGAAUUCAUGGCACCAGAACUCUUUGGUGAAAACUACAACGAAUUGGUGGAUAUAUACUCUUUUGGGAUGUGUAUGCUUGAAAUGGUGACCGGUGAGUGCCCUUACGGUGAAUGUCAGGGCUUUGUUCAAAUAUACAAGAAGAUUUCUGAAGGUAUAAAACCAGUUGCUCUCUCCAAGAUCAAAGAUGUGGAAGUAAGAAGUUUCAUAGAGAGCUGUCUGGCUUCAGCUGCAGACAGAUUGCCGGCAAGUGAGCUCUUAAAGAGUCCUUUUCUCCUAAAAGAUGACAUCAUCAAUGAUAAAACCUCUAAUCCAGCACAAGAACCGAUAGCAUUCCCACAAAAUUUGGAUCUAGAUCUUGAUGUCACACCAAUUUUCGUCUCUUUGUUACCCAACGGAACUGUCUGUGAUGGGAAGGAGUCUUUCAGCCUGGUGCUUCGGAGGGGUGGAUUUGUGCUGGAAGGAGAUAUGAGCGUCAAGGACCCUGUCAAUUUGUUACUAAGAAUUCCUGUCCCUAAUGGUAAGUGUAAGAACAUUGAGUUCGCAUUUGAUCUGGAGAAGGACACAAGUCUUUCGGUGGCUACUGAGAUGGUUGAAGAGCUUGAACUGCCUUCUUGGAGCAUGCCUGUUGUGGCGAGGCUGAUCGAUGCAUUCUUGCUCAAGACGGUUCGCGGCUGGAGGCCUUGUGUUCAGGUCGGCCAGAUGAUUCAGGCAGUGUACAACACUGCAUCAGCAGAUGGAAUGUGAAUCCAAAUAACUUGGUGUUUUCUGAAUCCGAUGCAAGCAAUGUUUGGAUCGAGUCGCUGUGGUUCAGUGUUCAUGGUCAUCCAUUCCGCCCCUCCUGUACAUGCUCAAAUCGCAAUGCCAUGAACGGUGUUGCUAAGCACAUCUCUUUUUUUAAAUAUGAUGAUGGCGAAAGUUUGUGCAUGGUUGCUAA